GUCGAGGAGACGUCAAAGACGUGAAGGUGGUGGUCGUGGCAGCAUAGGAGGUGGUGGUCGUGGCGCUAUAGGAGGUGUUGGCCGUGGCUGUCAAGGACGUGGCCGUGGCUAUAUAGGAGGAGGAUGGCGCCACUGGUGUACGUGGGUGCCGCUGUGCUGCUAGCGCUGGUGUGGCUGCGUCUCCGCGGGCUGGAGUACGUGCUGGUGCAGCACCGUUGGCUCUUUGUGUGCCUCUUUCUACUGCCACUGUCUGUGCUCUUUGAUGCCUACUACUUCAUCAGAGCUUGGCUGGUGUUCCGCAUGUGCAGCGCACCCAAGCAGCAUGACCAGCGUGUUCGCGACAUCCAAAAGCAGGUGCGGCAAUGGCGUGCUGAGGGUGGGCAGACGUACAUGUGCACGGGCCGUCCAGGUUGGCUCACCGUGUCCCUGCGCGUCGGCAAAUACAAGAAGACGCACAAGAACAUCAUGAUCAACCUCAUGGACAUCCUGGAAGUGGACACCAAGCGGCAGAUCGUGCGUGUGGAGCCGCUGGUGAACAUGGGUCAGGUGACCUCGCUGCUCAGCUCCAUUGGUUGGACGCUGCCGGUGGUGCCAGAGUUGGAUGACCUCACAGUCGGCGGGCUCAUCAUGGGCACAGGCAUCGAGACGUCUUCGCACAUCUACGGCCUCUUCCAGCACAUCUGCGUGUCCUUCGAGCUGGUGCUCGCCGACGGCAGCCUCGUGCGCUGCUCCAAGACGGAGAACUCGGAUCUGUUUUACGCAGUGCCGUGGUCGUACGGGACACUGGGCUUCCUGGUGGCGGCGGAGGUGCGCAUCGUGCCUGCACGCCACUACGUGAAGCUGCGUUACACGCCCGUGCGCGGCCUCGACGCCAUCUGCUCCACGUUCCAGCACGAGUGCACACGGCCAGACCCUGCCACCUUCGUGGAGGGCCUCAUGUACGGCCGAAAUGAGGCCGUCAUCAUGACAGGAGAGCUCACCGACACGGCCGAGCCCGACAAGAUCAACAACAUCGGCUACUACUGGAAGCCGUGGUUCUUCAAGCACGUGGAGGGAUUCCUGCACAAGAGCGGUCCACCCUGCGUCGAGUACAUCCCCCUUCGCCACUACCACCACCGCCACACACGCAGCAUCUUCUGGGAGCUGCAGGACAUCAUUCCAUUCGGGAACCACCCCGUGUUCCGCAUGCUCCUGGGCUGGAUGGUACCGCCCAAGAUCGCGCUGCUGAAGCUGACGCAGGGCGAGGUGGUGCGCAAGCUCUACGAGCAGCACCACGUGGUGCAGGACAUGUUGGUGCCCAUGCAUACCCUGCAGAAGUCCCUCACCUGCUUCCACGACGAGAUUAACCUGUACCCGCUGUGGCUGUGCCCAUUCCGCCUGCCCAGUGUGCCAGGCAUGGUGCACCCCAAGUCUGACCAGGAGGAGAUGUACGUGGACAUUGGUGCGUAUGGGGAGCCCAGGAUGAAGGGGUACACUGCCGGCACCACGACCCGUCGUCUGGAGCAGUUUGUGCGUGACCAGCAUGGGUUCCAGAUGCUCUAUGCCGAUUCCUACAUGAGCCGGGAGGAAUUCUGGAACAUGUUCGACCCAACGCUCUACCAGAAGAUGCGCAAGCAGUACGGCUGUGAGGGUGCCUUCCCGGAGGUCUACGAUAAGAUUUGCAAGGCAGCCAGGCACUAGGAGUGUUGCUAGAUGGUGCAGUUGAGUGGUCGGGGUGGACCAGAGACAGGGAGGUGGAAAAUAUGGCUUGCAUUGCAGGAAUACUUUGGGGCGUCUUGAGUUUCUAUACAUUUACUUGUGUUUAAAAGGGAUAAGUAAUAUUUGAACUACUGAAGGACCUUUGUUGAUCUAAGAUUAUUGCUGUGAUAUUUAAGAUGAACUAAGUCACACUGGUUUGGAUAGUGUUAAUAUCGACGUUAGCAAUGACUGGGACUUUGCUGGAUGUGAAAUGCUUCAGCAGGGGCUUCAUGAUGCAUGACGAGUCCAGAAGAUAAAUAAGUGAUGAGGUUUGAUGACUCCAGUAAGAACUGGGUCCAAAUUGUGUUCGUGUAAAUUAUUGGUUAAUGUUCUGGGGAGAGAAUGACCAUUGAAAUGUUUGUAAAGUGCUCGACCGCCUGUUAUUGCUGCUUUAGCAGUUCAACUGCAUCUGCGCGUUCAUGUUGUGCCGCUCUUAAUCUACGUUGACACUUGAAUGAGAUGUGCAGUUACUGGAGACCAUAUUCCCCUCGAUUGAUGCUGUUCUCGUACUUUUUUUCUGAACGUCACCUUCCAUACUUAAAUGUUUAUGCAUCAGGGGCUUUACUGCGGGUUUAAUGUUACAGGUGGUGUGUAAAUAAUUGAAUUCAGUAAAUUGGGUGUGCAUUAUUAAACAACCUUGUACCAAAGUUAUUCCAACCAAACUUUGUUUGAAAAAAAUGCCUUCCCCUAUAUUAUUUAUAAAGCCAUUUGAGGCUUUCAUUACAGCCUCUAAAGUUAUUAGCAAAGUGCACUCUCAUUGUCGGUUUUCACUAUGCCUUCAUUUGUGUGAUGUGAAAAUGUAAUUGUGGUUUAAUAAAUGUUUUCAGUGACUUU